CCUAUUUUAGCGGAAACGGUUUUUCUUUUUUUUUUAAUAAUUGAUUAUUUUGUGCUUUUAUAUUUUAGUAUACUUGAUUCCUUUCAAAAUUUUUGAUAUCCGUUGAUCUCUCCUCUCUUUUUAACGCACUUACGCGCCUCGUCUUUUAUAUAGUCUCUUUUUUAUAGAAUUUCUCUCUAUUCUUCUUUGUCUCCGUGGCCGUUCUUGAACAGAUUCAAGUGACUCUCAUUAGCUUUUGGGGAUCAAAGGAAAAGAUGGCUGAAUCCAAACCAGAGCAACCUUUGAUCCCAUCAUCAACUCGGAACCUACCUGAUUUUAAGAAAUCCGUUAAGCUAAAAUAUGUGAAGCUUGGAUACCAUUACCUAAUCACCCAUGGAAUGUACCUGUUCCUUUCCCCUCUUUUAGUUGUGAUUGCUGCGCAGAUCUCAACGUUUUCCAUCCAGGAUCUUUAUGAUCUUUGGGAACAUCUUCAAUACAACCUCAUUUCUGUCAUCAUCUGCUCAACUCAUCUUGUUUUCUUGUCAACCCUCUACUUUCUAACACGCCCUCGCCCUGUUUACCUUGUCAACUUUGCUUGCUACAAACCGGAUGAAUCUCGGAAAUGCACAAAAAGGAUCUUCAUGGAUCAGUCGCGAAUGACUGGUACAUUCACAGAGGAGAAUCUUCAGUUUCAGCGUAAGAUCCUUGAAAGGUCAGGGCUUGGGGAUUCAACAUAUCUUCCAGAGGCUGUUCUCAAUAUUCCCCCUAACCCAUCGAUGCAAGAAGCUAGAAAAGAAGCAGAGGCUGUUAUGUUUGGUGCUAUUGAUGAGCUUUUGGCUAAGACCUCUGUAAAACCCAAAGAUAUUGGAGUUUUGAUUGUGAACUGUAGCUUGUUUAAUCCAACACCAUCGUUGUCUGCCAUGGUUAUCAACCAUUACAAGCUUCGAGGGAAUAUUCAAAGCUACAAUUUGGGAGGAAUGGGUUGUAGUGCAGGUUUGAUCUCAAUAGAUCUAGCAAAAAAUCUUCUUCAGGUCCAUCCCAACUCCUAUGCACUGGUUAUCAGCAUGGAGAACAUCACCCUGAACUGGUACUUUGGAAAUGAUCGCUCGAAACUUGUUUCAAACUGCUUAUUCAGGAUGGGAGGGGCAGCAAUACUUCUCUCUAACAAACGCUCUGAAAGAAAAAGAUCCAAAUACCAAUUGGUUCACACUGUUCGCACUCAUAAGGGUGCGGAUGAUAAGUGCUUUGCCUGUGUUACCCAGGAAGAAGACUCCGUGGGGAAGGUUGGUGUUACAUUGUCAAAGGAUCUCAUGGCAGUUGCUGGUGAUGCUUUAAAGACUAACAUCACCACAUUGGGGCCUCUGGUUCUUCCAAUGUCCGAGCAGCUGCUUUUCUUUGCUACAUUGGUUGGCAAGAAGCUUCUCAAAAUGAAGGUCAAGCCAUAUAUUCCGGAUUUCAAGCUAGCUUUUGAGCAUUUCUGCAUUCAUGCUGGAGGAAGAGCUGUUUUGGAUGAACUGGAGAGGAACUUGCAGCUGUCUGAAUGGCACAUGGAGCCAUCAAGAAUGACUCUUUACCGCUUUGGCAACACCUCAAGCAGUUCACUUUGGUAUGAAUUGGCUUAUUCAGAAGCUAAGGGUAGGAUUAGGAAGGGAGAUAGAACAUGGCAAAUAGCAUUUGGUUCUGGAUUCAAAUGCAACAGUGCAGUGUGGAAAGCUUUGAAGACGGUAAAUCCUGCAAAGGAGAAAAACCCAUGGAUGGAUGAGAUCCAUAAAUUCCCCGUUGAUGUUCCGAGGGUCUCUUCCAUCUAAAUUCCAGAAUGACUUGCUGCAAUUUUUCAUAACAGGAUGAGUGGUAGUUUCAGCAUUGGGUGCAGUGCAAGACAUGUUGCCUUCAGUUAUCUAGUUUUAAGUUAUUUCAUGGGUGUAGCUUGAGUCAGUGGGAUUUAUUCAUGGUGUAACAAAUUGAUUCGAAGGUGUUAUGGGAAUAUUAGAGCAUUUUUUAUUUUUUAUUUACCGAGGUCACUGCAUGAAGGGCUUGGCUAUGUUUCAAGAUCUCAUCGUAUGAUCCAGAGAUUCGAAUUGGUGAAGUUGUAACAACUAAUUUAACUUAUCGACGGCAUUGUAGACUGAGACAUGCCUGAUACAUGCA